AACUCUCAGUCCAGAGUAGCUGCUCUUGACUCUGUCCUUCUCUGCAGACCCAACACCUCAGUCAUGCUGCGUUUGCUGGUCCUUGGCCUCGUCCUGGCAUGUGCAGUGUCUCUCAGCAGCUCUGCAGUAAUUCUAGAAAAUGGCGCUCCCAUCCUUUGGGCACAAACGGCCAGCCAAGUGACUGAGUUGCCAGUGCAUGAUGGGAUUCUGCUUCCAGACCCCUGGAACUACCUUCACCGCAUGAGUUUAUACCGGCUGAUGAUAGCUGCUACAGACCCCUUCAUGGGAUCCAUGGGGACAAAUGCUACUGACAGUUGCCACUGCAUGAUGGAUGUGCUUUCACCACCUCCUCCAGCUACAGACCCCUUCAUGGGGGAUCCGGUGGGACAUCCGAACACCUCACCCAGGAGGCGGGGGACAAAGGAGGCGCCCAGGGGGCAUCCUUGCAGAUGCCCGAACCACACUGGUCUUUCGAUGUGGAGGGCAGCUGCCACUGAGCCCUCCGGAUGGAUGUUAACUACAGGGCGUCUCGCUGAUCCAACAGGUGCAACAACUUGUGGCCUGGAAGCAGAGCCUUUGUGCAUUUCUACCCAGAGUUGGUGGGCCUGUGUGAACUAUUUUGCAUCUGUACUUCCCUUUCUGUCUGCCGCACAACAGGGCUUCAUGGGAGCAGGAGCUCAGGUCCAGAUGCAGGUGCCUGCAGGAGUACAGGACUAUUGUACAACUUAUGCUGACUGUAAAGCUAAAUACCCUGAUGCCAUGUCUAAGUGGGAUGCUUUUUUUCAGGGUCUGAAGACUACUAGUGAAUCUCUUCUGCCUGAUGAUGUGAAGAAAGACACUAUCCUCGGUGUCUAUUGGGACGCCCAAAUGGCUUCAACCUAUGCCUCUGCAGCAUGUAAUGCCAGGCAGAGCCACUAUUCCUCUGUAGAAGUGUCAUUUGCUCAGAGCUGGCUGAACUCAGCAGAAUAUGUAGCAGCAGCUCGAUUCCAGGCCAACAUGGAAAAAGCACUGCUUUUCCUAUCCCCUCUGCCAAGUCGGAUUUUACAGGAGGGCGACAGCGCACCUAACAUUGUUGGUCUGACUGCGGAGGAGAACCACACACUGUAUAUCUUCAGCUGGAUGAAGACUAUUGACAGUCUGCUUGGUGGGACAUUGCUGCGUCUGUGGAAAGGUGCCAUGUGUUCAGUAAACACAAGGCAAAAAGGUGCGCAGGUGCUGGAGCAGCUCCUCCUGAAUCCCAGCUUUGCUACAAGCACUUUCCUGUCCAUCAUCACUGAGAUGACUACAAGCUGCUGAGUCAAACACACAAGAUAAAUACAUCACGGUAUUCAUUUUUUCUCCUGAAAAAUGACAUUUUUGUCCAUUAAACAAAGUUGUUCAAGUAACUGGUUUUUAAGGUCAACUUGUUGCACUUAUCAGUGGUGUAUACCUGGCAGUACAAUAAAGUAAUUUCUUGGCUCCAGUUCAA